GAUUUAUGUCGUAUGAAUACGUGUUGUUUGCUAAACAAUGAAAACCGGAUUAAAAGACUGCCAUCGGCGAACACGUUAUGACGUAACAAUAAACGAAAAUCCGGCUCAUCCAAUCAGAGGUUCGAAACUUUUAAAUAAAAACAUUCUAUUCACGUCAAAUUUUCGUUGCAUGAUUUUAUUGCUAUGGUUACUGGCGUCUCCAGCGUGCUGCAAUGACGUCAUCGGUAACGUAACGUCAUCAGGAAGACUCCUAAGCGUCAUGGUGGGAAACAAGUCGAUUUUAUCGAGGGCCGGAUUGUUCAAGCCGAUGCAUAUUAAACGAGUCAACGGAAUAUUACCCACUGUCAUAACCCCCACCUUCAACCCAUACAGUGGGGUUUACAACAACAGAAGAUUUUCGUAUCGGCAAGCUACGUCAUCAAGAUACAGCGACGCUGCGAGUAAUUUUCUACGAACAAGGAUAUUUUCGAUUUUCGGACGGAAUUUCUCGAACAAAUCGAUUCAGCUAGCUGGCAGUUAUCUUCCAUAUAUGGGCCGUGUGCAAGUGUCAAUUCGAGAGCAAAGAUGGGGGACAAUAUGUGGGGACCAGUGGGAUGCAAAGGACGCAACUGUGGCUUGCAGAGAACUUGGGUUUGCGGUCGGUGGGGUCAUUGCUCGACCGAGGAUGGAAUUCGGAAGAGACACCGGCCCUGUUGUUUUAACACAGGUUAAAUGUCGAGGCGACGAAUCAAAGUUGAGCGAAUGUCGAUCUACGAGAUGGGAUGGACACAACUCACUGGAGUGUGGUUCGAAGCUCACCGCUGCUGGAGUCGUGUGUGGUUGCCCGAUAGACGUGCCACCAAACGUCCACACAAGGUGCUUCAUAUACACUAGCUUUCCCAACGACAGCAUGUACUGCAUGUACUCGUGUAAGGCGGGUGAGGUUUUAGUGGGAAGUCGACGUAGAAGGUGUGGAGCCGAACAAACAUGGUCGGGGACUCGCCCUUACUGCGUACCAACUAUCCCAGAAAGUCGUCGGCAGCUUUGCCAAAUCCAUGCGGGAAGCCGACUCCCGUGUCUCCGCCAAAAUUUGCUCGAAUCUCCCGAGGCAUGGAACUCACCGAGCUCUGUGAUAGCUUCCAUGCCUGCAAACGCUGAGCGCUGCAUCCAAAUUGGUUGUUGCUUCAACCUCAACACAAACGUCAAUUCCACGCAAUGCUUUCUACCAGCCGAUAGUCCAUGUUCAUUAAGGCCGUGUAGGAACGGUGGUUCGUGCCAGGAUUACUUAGGUGGGAGCGGUUACUCGUGUACAUGUGUGUUGCCCUAUGCUGGAAGGAAUUGUGAGUACCGCCGAUCGUGGGGAUGCGGGGUGUCCACCACUACACAGGAUCUGCGUACAGUUCGUCCCCAACUUCGUAUAGUGGGUGGGAGAAACACUAACGUGGGGAGUUGGCCAUGGGUGGUACAACUUAGAGAUAACGACGAACACUUCUGCGUUGGAACUUUGAUAGCUCCACAAUGGGUUGCAACGGCCGCUCACUGCAUGAAAGAAAAGGGAAUCACCUCUGGUCGACAGAAUGACACGAAAUGGUCGAUUCUGGUUGGCCAGCAUAGUUUAACCGGGUUCGACAAUUCAAGUCAAACAAUCGGCUUCUAUUCCGUCACAAUGCACAACUACACGAACAUCGAUAUUCCGCGAAACGACAUCGCGUUGAUCAAACUUAAUCACCCCGUUGUUAUGGGCAACCAGAGUGGGGUAAUAUGCUUGCCGGGGUGGAGGGGGGAAAACCCCGAACCUGGUACCAAAUGUUGGGUAGCAGGGUGGGGACGAAAUACCCCCGUCACUGACGAGGAAGCUCCAACGCUUCACCAUGCGGAUAUUCCGAUCUUAUCAAACUCUAGGUGUCGCCGUUACAACGACAGACGAAGAGAUUAUAGCAACAUACCUGAUGACGUCAUAUGUGCGGGUUAUGACGCAGGCGGUGUGGACGCAUGCAAGGGCGACAGCGGAGGACCUUUGAUGUGCCUUAGAUCCGAUGACACCUGGUACCUUGCCGGCGUCGUGUCUUGGGGGUACGGGUGUGCCCAGCCUAACACACCAGGCGUAUAUACCCGUGUGUCUCAUUAUUUAAACUGGAUAUACAACACUUUGCAAUUAGUUUAAACUUCUUGUAUAUUAAUAUUUAUAAUUUGUUGUGUAAAGAUACGAUGAUUCACAACCUCGUUUACGUUAACCACAAUUGUUAAAUUAAUAUUAUUUAUUUUAACUUAACAAUUUCCUAAACACC